CUCUCCGACAAGAUCGGAGCACGACCAUAUGCAAUGGCUUACGGGAAAGUAGCCUACGGAAAACAGAGGCGGGUAACAAACUAGUAACUCGGAAUGGAACAUAAACAGGCACACAAACGAAUGUAGUCUAUCCGUUCGACUGAUUGACAUCUUAUGGUUCACACUGGUUAGUGGUACUGUAGUUAGCGGUCUGUAGGCUUACUGUUUGCUGCAUCGUCUAAACUGUAUAGCUAUUAGCUACAGUUGAAUUCUCCUCGUAUGCGUAUAGGUUUCCAGUAAUGCACAAUUGUCGCAUAUUUUUGCGUGUAACAUCGAAAAUGUUUCAGUGUAUUUUUUAGCAAAUUGUAUUCAAUUAGCAUAUUUUGUACGCCAAUUUUUCGCUACAAUUUCGCACGGGCAUACAUUUUCGUUGACUGGUUCACACAUUUGACUUAGUUCCGUUUUUGUCGGAAAGCGAAUUAUAGGAUAAUUGUGCCUGUACUAUCAGAAACCAUAAUGGGAGUAGGAUCCGAAAAUCCAAUGUCCACUUCGGUUCACAAUGGGGGCUGCAAAGAGGAGAUUGAGUUUACUUUGAAACCAAGCUUAAGCAGUGAGGUGGUGGUGCCGGAUGAUGGGGAUCGCGCAACUUCAGGAAGAGAGACGUGGAGUCGGCGUCUGGAGUUCAUCCUCGCAUCUGUAGGGUACGCGGUUGGCCUGGGAAACGUGUGGCGGUUCCCGUACCUUUGUUACAGGAGCGGUGGAGGUGCCUUCCUCUUGCCGUACCUGAUCAUGCUGUUCCUGUGCGGGGUCCCUCUGCUGUUUAUGGAGUACGCCAUCGGGCAGUACACCCGCCUGGGACCAGUACACGCCCUCGCCAAAAUCUGCCCCCUGCUGAAAGGUGUGGGCCUGGCCACUGUUGUCAUCUCCUAUGUGCUGAGCACCUAUUACAAUGUCCUCAUGACCUGGACCCUCUAUUACCUCUUCAACACUUUCGGAAACUCUCUACCCUGGCAGUCCUGUAACAAUACCUGGAAUGUUUUGGCUAACUGUUCCACUGGUUUCCCCGGAAACUCCACACACCUUCAGUCUGCCAGCCAGCAGUUCUUUGACCGUAGGCUACUGGAGAUGACCCCCGGGAUCGAGGAGCUGGGGGGUUUGCGCUGGGAGCUGUUCGGCCUGCUCAUCCUCGCGUGGGCUAUUGUAUAUCUGUGCAUUUUCAAAGGUGUCAAAUCCACCGGGAAGGUGGUGUACUUCACAGCCACGUUCCCGUACUUCAUCCUGUUCGCCCUGCUCAUCAACAACGUGCAGCUGCCGGGGGCCAAGGACGGGAUUCUCUACUUCCUGACGCCGGUCUGGGGCAAGCUCCUGGAGGUCCAGGUGUGGGUCAAUGCCGCCGCCCAGAUCUUCAACUCUAUCGGGGUCAGCUUCGGAUCCAUGAUCUCCAUGGCCAGUUACAACAAGUUCAACAACAACAUCUUACGGGACACUUGGAUUGUCUGCCUGGCGAACUCAGCCACCAGUUUGUUAGCUGGCAUUGUGAUAUUCUCAGCUAUCGGAUAUAUGGCUCACAUUCACAACCUGCCCGUUGACAAUAUAGCCACAGACGGGCCGGGGCUGGUGUUUGUGGUGUAUCCGGAGGUGCUCUCCACCAUGCCGCUGUCUCAGCUGUGGGCCGCGCUUUUCUUCCUCAUGCUGCUGUGUCUGGGUCUGGACAGUCAGUUUGCCAUGGUGGAGGUGGUUGUGACGUUCAUCAUGGACGGCUUUGGCCCCAAGGUUCUUCGCGUCGUGAAGCGCAAGGAGUUUGUUGUCCUGAUCGUGUGCGGGGUGGGAUUUCUCCUGGGAAUUCCGCACAUCACUCAGGGGGGGAUCUACGUCUUUCAGCUGAUGGACCACUACACGGCCGUGGUCUCGCUGAUGUUCCUGGCCUUCUUCGAGGUGCUCGCCACGUGCUGGAUUUUCGGGGUGGGGCGCCUUUCCUGCCUGGUGGAGAGGAUGCUGGGAAAGCCCCCAAACAUCUUCUUUCGGUUCUGCUGGAUGGUGGCCUCCCCUCUGCUGGUUCUGUGCAUCCUGGUCUCUAGUGUGAUCCAGUACACCCCCGCACGCUAUGGGAAGACCUACAGCUACCCCACAUGGGCAGAGGUGCUGGGCUGGUUCAUCUCCCUGGUCUCCAUUGUGUGGAUCCCUCUGGGAGCUGUGCAUGAGCUGUCUGCCCACGAGGGCUCAUUACUACAGAGGCUGAAGCAGUCCAUCAUCCCCACCCUGGAGUUGGACAUGGUCCACCACCUUCCGGAGAAAGCCCAGGCUGACUCCCCCGAAGCGGUGUGCCUGGUGGGCCCCCCCAACGGCUCCCCCUCUGGCCGGGAGGCCAAUGGACUGUGAGCGGAGCCUCACGCAUCUACACCGUAAAAACGUCUUCACCAGAAUGUCUUCUCCGUUUAAAAAAACAAACAAACGAGUGUACUCUUCUCUAAACCAUCACUUCUUUCACUGAACAGCCAAUAACACUAUCCUGAGCUUUACAUACGUAAUGCACUCUUCCUUCACUUCGAACUCUCUCUUUAAUCUCGAUCAAGUGACUAACACGUCAAACUUCAGACACGUUUAAGCGAUCGUAACCUUUGUGACUUGCACAGUGCGUAACGUAAUGACCUUGGUGGUCACACCAACAGACCGUAAAUAACUUAAGAGAACUUCAGAAUUCUUCAUUUCACGAUGCGAAGCUGAGGACAAACUGCAGACUUGGAAGGCAUCCAGACUCCCAUAUCCUGUCUCCUUGUAGCUAUAAAUGUCCCAGUAAAAAAAAUUAAGAAGCACAUGCACACCUGAUAAAAAAUAAACAUACAAAAUCCUCUCAAACUAUGCCAGGUCCCUGCACACUAUUUCAGAGAUGGAGCUGAUGUGAAAUUCGCCUGCAUUACAACUGUGCGUGUGCAUAGUGGGCUUUUCAUAUCGUGAAAAAUAUUGUUUCAUAUUUUCAUGUAAGCUCGCCCAGGCCCCCUCUCUCGAAAAAUGUCUUCAACGAAUGGUAAUAAUACAGAGGGAAAAAGAUGUUUGUGUACCAUAUACACACAUCUUUACAAAUCUGCACCACUGGCUCGUGUGGGCCCCCUAGUGGCUUCCCAAAGAACAGCUGUUGUUUUUCUGUGACUGUGGCCUUCAGCUUUCUCCUGGACUAAAUACAGUUUUGUUUGGAGAAAACUCCUUUCAUAAUUGAAUUUAGUUUCGGGCUAGGCUUAAUCUGUGUCUGCGAAACUGGCCCCUGUUCCGCUAUAGACGACAAGGCGGUUGGCUCGGGAAACCCAAAGUGGGUGCCAUACCAGAUGACCAAGGCACAGAGCCAUGUGAUAGUUUUAUUGGCUGCCAACAAACCGCAUUUAAUGGGUGAGCCAAUCGGAGCAAAAGGGUGCAACUCAAAGAUAAAUUGAGCUUCUGGUUGUUAUUACAAAAUUGAUGGUCUUUCUAACAAACUACCUCCAGGUAAUUGAAUAAUAUUUAUUGGAUUGCGCUAAAUUUAGUAAGGAGUAAACUAGGUGUGCUAAUUACUGACAAAUAAUUACAGAUUAAAGUUUAAAAAAAAAAUGCAUGUAAAAGAAAAUGCUUUGUGUAAUGUUUGUAAGACUGCAAAUUAUUUUUUUAGCUCAUAUUUUUUUAGUCAUGUCAUAUUUAUAUUGGCCUUGCCGAACUACCAGUGCCUUUGGUUACUGUGGCUGUCCAAGCACCACGUGUACACAUUCGAGAUACAUUUUUACAUUUCAAUUUGAUUACACUUCUAUCUGGUGAUCAAGGCGCUCUGUCAAACUUUGUGUUAAAAGCUGCUUCUAAACCUCAAGUGCAUUUUAACAUGUCAAAAAGCUUUAUUUGUGUACAGAGAAUAAAUCACACUAAAUUCAAAGAGAAAAGUUAGAAAUUAUUCACGGAUAGUUGAUACGUUACCAUAGUUGAAUGGAAAUGGACUUUGCUGCUGUCUGGUUACUCAAAACAAUGCUUUAUUAUCUUGGCAAUUCCGUGCUGUUUAUGAUAACGUUCGUAGGGCUCAGAAAACCACAUGUUGCUUUUGUUUUAAUUUUAAACGAGCAAUUUGUUUACAUGCAAAAAAAUAAAUAAAAAAUGUAGGGAAUCAAGAUGAGGGCAGACACUGAAAUUACUCAAUCAAGUCAAAUGAGAACAAAAAGUGCUUUAACAGAAAAAGGUUUGUUGCUUCUUCUAUGUUUCCUCUGCCCCUUGGGACAUGCUGUGUCUUCGUAUCUUCCGUUAAAGGGCCAGUUCACCCAAAAAAUGAGCGUGAUUUAGAUACAAUUCACCGUGAUACAGUAGGAAUAAUUUCUAAGCCCCUAUGUGCUAAUGGGCAUGUGCCGUUGAGUAACUUAGUUUAGCAAAUAACAGCUUUGAAAUUCAUGGCUGAGACGUGUGUGUGUUAAUAUCCCAACCAUCAAAGCCGUUAUGUGUUUUUAUACACUUAAGUUGCAAAUGGGUUGUUAUAGACAGGACAACCAAACUGUCACUUUCAGCCCGCCUCAUGUCAACACCACUCAAGCUUCAUACUUGUCCACCUACAAAGAUAUAGCAUAGUUCAGUAGAAGUAGUAGUCCUCCAUGUAACUGCUCAAAAUAACCUCUGGAUGUUUGUGAGUAAAUGUGGCAUUACAUUUGGAAAGGGAUGUCGGUGUUGCGUUUUUCAAAAGUAAGAUUUCGGCACAUUGAGUGCCACAAAAAUAUGGGUCAGAUCUAGAAAACUCGUCUCAUCUCAGUGAAACUGUCUGGAUGGAUAGUACACUGGGUAAAUGGAAAUGUACUUUAAUGAUAUUUUUUGGUGAACUGCACCUCUAACUUGCUAUUUCUGCAUAGAAUCAAUGUCCAGUUUUGUCUUCGGUAGUCUCAUUGUGACUGGCUUAAAUCAUGAUGUGGAUGACUGUAAUUAGCUUCUUAACGUAAAUGAUUUAUUUGAAUUUGAUGUGUCACUGAAUUGCAAAAAUUCUGGCAAUAUGGGGGAACAAUUCAUUCAGAGUAAAUCUACACCAAAGUGUUUUUCCCUGACAAGUUGUUAGUAAAUAUAUUUGAUGCAAAUGCAUUAGAAAUGAAACCUUUUUCAGGGUUUGGUCUGACUAUGAGACUCUUCUACAUGGCCACCUAAUAUGACCAUUAUGCUGUGGUCUCUUCAUAAGCACUUUUGUGUUAUACAAUAUAUUUUGUAAGAUUUUCGGGCAGAACGGCUGAUUCUAAUUGCUAUGUCUUCUCAUUUGUAAAAACAAGAGUGAAAACAAGAAACAAAUCUGUGUUUUUACAUUUAUAAUUUAAUCCCAGAUUAGGGGAUUUAACUCAGACAGCAGUGAUUUAGGCCUGACCAUGGCACAUCCUUGUAUGCACAGUAAAAGUGUACAUCAUCCUAGGUUGUGUAAAUCUUCUAAUGCCAGAUAUUUACAAACUGUUUCUUUUUUUUGAGCACCUCCAAGCUGGUUUUAAUAUCCUGAAGUCUUUAUUAUUUUCAGGAUAUUUUUUUCCCCCACACUAUUUUGACUGUUGGGCACUGUAAACCAACAGGGCGGUUUUGAAAAAGACAAAGUACCAGGACGCUGAUACAGAGCGACACGAUGCAGAAAGACCGAAAGUGGGCGGAGCCCGGCGAUGAGGCGUUCGCUCGUUUAGCACGAGUAAUGAGUCAUAGUUAUGAUGACAGCGGGACAGCGCCGAUUCAAAUUAUUCUGCAAAAACGAAUCCUGGCCAACUCGUAGACCGCAUGUCCACAUACAAUGCCCUGAGAGUUUUAAUGGAAAGUGUAAGAAAUAACUCCCCAGUCUUGGAGUUCUGUGAACAUGGAAUGCAGAAUUGGUGUAGGACACUAAAAAGCUUUUUCUCAUGGGCUUUGGCUGUUUUUCUGUUGGUUUUUUUUUUCAACAGGAAGUACUUUUACUCUGUUAUCAGAAAAUCACGGAGGUGCUGUAAGAAAAACAUUUAGGAUUUUUUUAGCAAGCUAGGAGAAGUUUGUCCUGGCACCAAUGGCGAAUGUGAGAGGAAAAUGGUUGUUUUGUUUAGUGCUUGUGAGCUUCAAAAUUAUGCACGUUACGCUUAUUUCCAAAUCCAAAGGCAAACAAAGAUUGUUUUAAUGCCAGAACAGAAUUACAGCACGAGAAAUAUGAUCGGUGUAAAUAGACGCAAUGCAUUCCGUAUGUGCACCCUAAUUCACUGGUACGUUUCAGAGCCCCCAGGAGUCUGCUUUGGGGGAAAGCUUUUUUUCUAGUAAACCUUUAAUAGCUAUUAUCAGAGUUAGACCAGCCGGUUGAAGGAUAAGAUUUCUUCUGGUAUUGUGUUCAGAGGUUUUGGUAGUAGUGGUGUCUGGCUGUCAUUUUUGGAUCUAACUGCAUUUUUUCAUACAUUUUGCUGAGCUUUUUGUGUUUUGGAUAUCACUUACGUUUUUAUAUUUUUAAGUGUUUUUUUUUUUUUUGUAUUUGUAACUGUUCCUUUUCAAUUUUAUUUUUAAUAUCUUUGAACAAUUUUCAAAAGUUGUGUAAUAGGUGUUUUAUUUUAAUAUCUUGAUUAAACAAAAGACUGGACUAAA